AAAAAUAAAUGGUAUUUGGGAAAAAUUACUACAUAGAGCAGAACAGUUAUAGAAAAAAAUAAAGAGCACCAGAAAAUUAAGUGGCUCCCCACUUAGAGUACCCUAAACUAGGGUACUGUCUGGAGUUUGGGGGCAACAAGUGAAACUGAGCAUCUGAUAUCCCACAUAUUUAGGCAGGAUUUCUCCAUGGGACCAAAAUUUUUAUCUUAAAUUUCUGAAUCUCCUUGCCCUGACACAUAUAAAAACAAAUAAUUUAAACAGCUAGUAGCACCAGCAAGUGUCAAAUCGUAUUUUUUGGACAACAUGAUUAUCUGUAAUGGAUGUUUAUCCAUCCAAAUAGCUGUUUCACAGGGAGGCCGGGCACUCAAGGAGAGGUCUGGUCAUAGCCCAUAGCCAGGUCUGCCCUUCCUCACCGGAAUCAGGUCGCAACAUCACCUAAGUUCGAGGUGCUAAUGCACCACAGGUUCAAUGGUUUAGCUGAAGGAGAGCAGUAGAUCUCAGCCUUCUGAGUUUCACUGCGCAAUUACUUUGUUUUUUAGUUUUACCAGGUAACCACCCAUCUGUAACUAGAUUACUUUCUAAAAUGAGGUACCCACUAGCUUUUAAAUAGAUGGUUUUCUAAUAGGUGGAGUCUGCUUAUGCCUCACUUUUACAGCUCCGUAUUUCACAGCUCAGAGACCUGCCAGGAGAUUCGGAGUCCUCCCUAACACACCGAACGGGGAAUUGCGGAGGAGCAUCAUGGCCCGCAGCCACUUCUUACAUAAGAUGUCCAAUUUCAAAAGCCAGAUUUAUCCCCAGCGUAAUCCUGUGGGCGUCAGCGAUCGGCACCGGGACCCUUUGGUUUGAGCCCCCAAAGAAAACCUGCAAGCUCCGGUCCCCAGCAAGCGCUGCCAUCCGCGGAUCGCGCCCGCAGCAGCACGCCCGAGGGGGGGCUCGGCUUUGGGGCAGCAGGGAGCGCCUCCGAAGCGGAGCCGAGCCGCUCUGCCGGGGACUCGCACCGAGCCCCGGAGCGGGGAAGGGGCGGCGGGGGGGGAGGACGGGAGUAGGAGGAGGAGGAGGAGGAGCCGCCGAUGAGGACCGGAGCCGGCUGCGGGCGCCGCGGCCAUGGCCUGGCCCUGCAUCAGCCGGGUGUGCUGCCUGGCGCGCUUCUGGAGCCAGCUGGACAAGUCGGACCUCUCCGUGCCGCUCACCAUCCACAACUACUCGGCCAUCGACGAGCCCGACGAGGCGACCGGGGGACCCGAGAGCGGAGGCGCUUCCCCCCCGCCCCGGGGGUGCCGCCGCCCGCCCGCAGCCCCCCGCCCGCGGGCCGCCCCCGACCGGCCGGGGGGGCGCAAGAAGGGCCCUGCAGGGGAGCCCCCGGCGGCGGAGACUCAGUACCGCCGGGAUUUCCGAGCCUGGCCGCUCCCGAGGCGGGCACCCUUCCCCUGGGGCGGCGGCAGGGCCGGGGCCGAGCCCCCCGCCGUGCCCGCGGCCGCCCCGAGCCGCGCCGCCUGCCCCCUGCCCGGCCCCGGCGGCCCCGAGCAGCUCCGGCCCCGCUCGCCUCCAGCCGGCGGCCACACCACGUCCUACAGGCAAGAGUAUCGCCCUUGGACUGGAGCAAAACCAUCCAAGCCUAUAAAGACAAAGCAAGGCUUCAUUAUCCCAGAAGACCAUUUUGUUCAAGAGACAAGUUACAAGGCAGAUUUUAAGGCACCAUCACGGAUCCUCAACGUAUGAACCUGGACCCUUCUCACACCCAGGCAGCUUAAAUGUGUUUCUGAUGAGAUGUACCACUAUGCAAUUUUCAUGAGGAGUGUUAAGAUCAAAGCUCCGAUAUUAUCAAAAGCAGCUCUAGUGAUUAGUGAUGUGCACGCAGUUACUCUGAACACGCAAAGCGCUCAAUUCAGAACUGGCAAAACACACUGUAAGGAACGACCUAGUUUUUCACAGCGGCGGGUUCAUUACUAUGCCAGCUGGCGUCACACUGGGAGAUUGACUUUGGGCAGCAAAGAGUAUUGUGGACAACAUCCCUAUGCCAAACUGCACAGGGCAGGAGGGCAAACAAUCACAAUAAGCAGGACAGAUGAUUAAAACCAAAACAAGUCUUCUUUAGUAGCACCCUCUAAACAGACCAGUGAAAGACAGGGAAUGUCUGGCUGACUUCUCAGCUUCUUGAAGCUUUUUGGGAACUAGAAGACAAACCUCUCACACAGCCCUCAGAUGGCAUCACCAGAAUUCACAGCAUCAAAGGGGCUGGUCUGACCUUCCAGGUUUGUUCUAGAAGCUGGAGGAAGCACAGGGGCAAGCCAGCAUUCAUGAACUUUGAAUCCAGCAUAUGCAGUGACUUGGAGCUUUAAGGAUGGAAAGCUGGGUAUUUGCAAAAUUGGAGGGCUGGCGGCAGAGCAAGAGGGGACUGAACUUCUGAAAACAGCCCUGGCCAUGCACCAGCUUGGUUCGGAGAGGAUUGCAUGGACACCGAGUCAGCUAAACACAUACCAGGCUCCUGAGGAUUUAAAUAUGCAUGUAAUUUGUAUAGCUGUUGAGUGUAAAUACUGUAUAUGGAUUUUACCUAAAGCAAUUUGUGAUCCUUUAAUGAAAAGGACAUGCUAAUAAUUUUAAUAAAUGUUAACUCUUUGCAUAUGCAAGGUGGAAAAUAUUGCCUUGAAAUUCCUAAAUUACUGCCUGCAUCUUGGUAAUGCUAAUGCUAGGAACAACCAGAAGUGAAUGUUACUUAUAAACUCUUAGAAAUGUAACAUAGAAUGUAAGACAUCCUUCAUUUUUAAGAUGAGCCAUUUUAAGUGUCAUUAUUCUAAAGCUGAUUUAUUUAUUUAUUUAUUAACAUCGGCAUGGAUUUAACUUUUGCUGAAGUACAUGUGAGGUACAAGAAACCAUUUUCUUUAGCCUUUGUUCAUCCAGACUGUAGUGGGUUUACAGUUUUUAUCUCAAGGACUUAUCCAAUAUAAGUAGUUUACUGCUUACUUUAUGUUUUUACUGUUAUUUUCUAAUAUAGAAAAGUCACAAAACUUUUACUUAAUGCGUUUGAAACACACAAAUGUGUUGGCCAGAAUGAAAAGAAACUCCGCCGACUCUAACAAUGAUCAGAUAUUCAUUCAUUUGUAAUGAAAUGGACUUUUAACACAGGGGAUUCUUUCUUAACCUCCUCUCUAGCUGAAGUCAAUGACAAAUUUAAUGAACUCUGGGGACUCUGCAAACACAUAACCAUUGCUGAAAAUUCCCAUAAGAACAGUAUUGAAAGUGUUGGCAUGUGGAUUACAUCAGGAAUUCAUGCAGACAUUGCCUUCUCACUGCAUUAUGUGAGAAUUUAAUAUUGCCACCUCUGCUGGUUGUACCAGUAGGACCAAAUGCAACCACAAGAACAGGCAACAUCUGCAGCAAGCUGCGUUUGGUUGGACAUGGGAUGACACUUCUCCCACUCACUCUUGCUUUUGGACCCAGAGGAACGUACAGUAAUACCAGUGCUUGCCAAAAUCAUUUUUCAGGAGACUCAUUUUUCAAGGAAUUAAUUUGAAACAUUCAAACCGUACUAAAUGUUUUGCAUGUUAGAUGUUUAUAAGAAAAAAAAAAAAUCAAUCUGCUUGAUUAACCUCUUUAUAAUGUUUUUAACAGUUUUGUUCAAACAAUUUCAGUCAUUUCAAUCCUGGGCUUUAACAGAAGAAAAUAAAGUCUCUCCUCUUAAUUCAGUGUAUUUCUAAAAAAAUCAACCCAGUUUUAAACAAACUGGAAAUAUAAUGAGCUUGUAUUUUAUCAAAUGGACUGGAUUUAAUUUAAUAAAUUAAAAUGUAUUUUGGC